AUGGUGAUUGGUGGUGAUAUAUUCGGCAGAAUAAUAGACAGAGGCAUAAAAAAGCACAAUGGAGUUCUUGCACAAGCUACCAAAUUCGGUUGGAUUUUGUCUGGAAUAAUUAAACAAAAGAAACCAGGCAAAGUCACAUCGGCAGUAACCAACCUUGAGAGAUUUUGGGAGCUAGAGGAAGAACAAGAUGAAGAAGCUAAAGUGGAAGACGAAAUGUGUUUGAAAAAGUUCGAGGAAACCACUAAACAAGAUGCAGAUGGGCGAUUCAUUGUGGAAAUUCCAUUUAAAGACGACAUGGAGCUGGGUGACUCUCGUAAACAGGCAAUUGCUCGGCUGCUAUCCAUGGAAGCCAAGUUCAAAGAGAGUGAAAAGCUUGGCAAUGAUUACAAGGAAUUCAUUCACGAAUACCAAAACCUUGGGCAUAUGAUAAAAGCAAACGAGAAGGUAAAUGGAAAAUACUAUUUGCCACACCAGGCUGUUAUACGCGAGAAUAAAUUAACUACAAAACUUCGUGUUGUGUUUGAUGCGUCAGCCAAAACUUCAAAUGGAAAGUGCUUAAACGAUAUCAUGUUGACAGGACCCAAACUUCAAAGGGAUGUGUUUGAUAUUAUUCUCAAGUGGAGACUAUGGAAAGUGGUAAUCACAGCUGAUGUUGAAAAAAUGUUCCGGCAAAUUAAAAUUUCGGAAAAAGAUAGAGUGUAUCAUCGAAUUUUGUGGCGGGAAUAUCCUUCAAAUAAAAUAGAGGAAUACGAGUUGACGACAGUGACAUAUGGUACCGCUUCAGCACCAUAUUUAGCAGUGCGCACAUUAUUUGAAAUUGCCAACAAGUGCUCAAGUAAAAACAAUUGGCUACAAAAAAUCAUAAAGGAAGAUUUUUAUAUGGAUGAUCUCAUGACUGGUGGAGAUUCGGUGAAUCAACGUAUUAUGAUCCAAAAAGAAAUCAGCAAGCACCUUCAGUUAUUUGGAUUUCAUUUGAGGAAAUGGCUAUGGAAUUGCGACAAUAUUACCAAAAAUAUCACCACCAUGGGAGAAAAUGAAGUAAUUCAAAUAAAAGAAAAUGAAGCAGUGAAAACACUUGGGCUAUACUGGGAUCCAAAGAAAGAUCAGUUCCAGUUCAAAAUUAAUUUGGGAAUGCCGAAGAAAAUGACAAAAAGAAGUAUUUUAUCACAAAUCGCCCAAAUAUUUGAUCCGUUGGGCUGGCUAUCGCCAAUCACUGUGGUUGCAAAAUUAUACAUGCAAAAGCUUUGGAUUGAAAAGGCUGGAUGGGACGAACAGCUUUCUGAUGAUCUACAAAAUGAAUGGAAGCUGUUUAUUGACACUGUUGGCAUAUUGGAAGAAGUACGUAUUCCACGCUGGAUUGAAACUAACAUGGAAUGUGAAGUAGAAAUUCACGGAUUUGGUGAUGCUUCCGAAAAGGCGUACGCUGCAGUGGUAUAUAUCAAAGUUGGCGAUUCCAUAAAACUUAACUGCCAAAACAAAAGUUAA